UUAACUCAGCUCAGUUGGGUUACCUUGGACUAAGGUCCCCAUCAACCCUUACCUCUAUUCAUUUUCUCCCCUGAACGAUGGGUGCAAAUUGUACGCACCAUUAUAGGAAACAGAGAAAAACAGAUUUAAACAGAAGACAGGCUUCUGGAAGAAAAAAAUUUGACACCUCUUUGCCUGAUGGUACCCUUGCCCCAUCAGAUGACUCCUCGGUGUCCACAAUAACUGCCAACAAUCCUUCAGGCUAUAAACACCAAAUGAGCUUCCCUUGCUUCAGAAACAUAUCAUGGAGCUCUUACUACAAGAACUUCACACUCAGCUUCACUAUUACCAACAUGUUUUACACAACAAAGAUGAAUCAAAAGGACUCCAGAACAUUCAAGGCUGCUGAGCAUAUCCUGCAAAUCUUGCUCAAGGUAUUGUUUGGAAGCAGCAGGAUUGGCUCUCAGUAUUCUGGAUGCAGUGACCUUUCACUGAGGUCUCUGAGGAACAGGAUAGCAACCGGAGUGGAUAUAGUCUGCAGUUUCAAGAAGGACUCCUCCAACCAUGUCCUGGACAAAAAGGUGGUUUACUGGGAGCUGACUGAACAGCUCUGUACAAGAAAGCUAAAACACCUGGUUAUAGACAAUGAUAGCCUCAUUGUGAAUGGGUAUCAACAUAAGCUGCCAGGAAUCAGAUCCACAAAGAGUUCAAUUAAAUCUAAAACCCAUAAAGACAUGAAACAGGAAUUGGAGAGGGCAGGAGAGACACAUUCUCAGGUGUCAGGAAGUGAGGCUGGUGUAGGAGCUGUCACCCAUAUCCCCGACCAUGGAGAACCAGGAAAAAUCAUGACAUCACUGACUAGUGGCCUCCUGAUCCGGGAAUCCACUGUAUAUGCUAUAGCGAGUGAGAUUGGUGUAGGGCCCUUCACCCAUAUCCGAGACCACGGAUCAGCAAGAGACAUGACAUCAGUGACCAGUGAAUCUACUGCAGGUGCCAUGGGUAAGAAAAUAUUUCUUUUCUUUCUAUUAUACUGGUAUUCAUCCUUGCUCUGGGCCCUUGUUUUCCAGCUUUCAAAUAUGAUAUGGACUCAUCUUCAUAGUCCGAGAACAGGAAAGUUUGUGAUUAGGUGUGCUUGUCAAGGACAAGGUGCUAACGUGAGGGGUUGGGGACUCGGGACGUUCAAAAUCCUCACAGGCUCUGGGGAACUCUGUCCAAAUGGCUCCAAACUUCCCCCCCCCCAUAAUGUCACCACAGGAGAUGGACCCUCCCUGGGAACAGAACCUCACACUCCUAUCCAUGAAUCUCUGAGCCCAGGGCCAGGCUCCUUUCCUGCCUUAAGUUCUCCCACAGCCUGCACAAGCACAGCUUCCCUUGACACUGCUACUUCAUUGGAGGACCCAGGGCCAGCCAGCCUGACUCCAGAGACUGAGAGAAACCCACAGGCAACACCAACUCCAGCUAUCACCCUGCCUCCAGCCAGCACACAGGAAGUUUGCACAACAGCAUCUCCCAGUCCUUCUGACACAACCACAGAGGGCAGGAGUGUCAAGGCAGGAGGUGAUGCUGGUGUGGUGCCAGUCACACAUGCCCAAGGCCAUGAAGGACCAGGAAGCACAGGAGCACUGAUGAGGAGCCCCCUGACCCCUGUGUCUACUGUUAUUCCCACAGCAGCAGGGAGCUUCAACUCGAAGACCUUCACCAUCAACUUCACCAUCACCAACAUGUUUUACAAAACCAAGAUGGGUCAAAGGGGUUCCAGCACAUUCCGUGUUGCUGAAUUUGUCCUGCAGCACCUGUUCAAGGUAUUGUUUGAAAGAAGCAGCCUUGGCUCUCAGUAUUCUGGAUGCAGUGUGACCUUGCUGAGGUCUAUGAAUAAUGGGAAAGCAACAGGAGUGGAGGUUAUAUGUUCUUAUCAGGAAUUUUUCUCCAUCCCUGUCUUGGACAAGAAGAAGAUUUACCAAGAGCUGAGUCAACAGACUAAUGGAAUAACAAGGCUCGGAGGUUAUAUUCUAGAUGAGGAAAGCCUCUAUGUGGAUGGGUAUAACCCCCAGAUGCCAACUCCCUCCACAAACACUGGUGAUGCUGUGGUGGGGCCAGUCACACCAGCCCAAGGUCAUGGAGCACCAAGACUCACAGUAGCACUGAUAAGGAGUCCCCUGACUCCUGUGUCUACUAUUAUUCCCACAGCAAGUGGGAGACCAAGACUGGAAACUUUUACUAUGAAAUUCACCAUAAACAAUACUCUGUACACAGAAGAUAUGGAACAGCCAUACUCAGAGAAAUUCAGCUCUACAGAGAGAAUCCUCCAUCACCUACUCAGAGGCUUGUUCAAGAACAGUAGCCUGGCUUCUAGCUAUACUAGGCCUGUGAAGGAUGGGGAAGCCACUGGAGUGGAUGUUGUGUGUGCCCAUUAUAAAGACCCCAGCAGGCCUGUCCUGUACCACGUGAAGGUUUACUUGGAGCUGAGCAACCAGACCUAUGGCAUCAUCAGGCUCGGCCCCUACACCCUGAACAGCGACAGCCUCUUCCUCAUUGGUUAUAAUGAUAAACAUUCUGGGACCAUAAGCAGGCCCAGUAGAGCAAGCGAGGGCAGAAUGAUGACCACAGCUGGAGAAUCACAGACCAUAAUCAUUACAAUUUCCAGCCCUGCAGUAAUAACACACUCUGUUCUGGCAACAACAGCAGCCCCGACCACUGCCUGUGCUAUCGACUUGGAAAAAAUCACUGUGCCUGCUUCCUCUGCCUUGCCAGAGCUCAUGGUAGCACCAUUUGCCUGGUCUGGAGUGGCGACCAGCCCAUCUGAAACUACGCUCAUUGCGGAAAUCUGUACCCCACUUGGGGCUGGGACAGGAGGAGGGAGCCCCAUAGGUGUCCCUUCACACCUCACUAGUCUUGACACGACAACAUCAACCACAGUCUUUCCCUGCACCAAUGUGCCCCCAGCACAGUCUACAAUGUGCUCUACAAUCAGCCUACAAUCAGCCACAACUCUUUGCCGUGUCAGUAGAGAAGAACGAAAGCCAAAGACCUCUCUGGACACAUCUGCUUCAGAGACCACAGCCAUGGCUACUACAAGGGUAUGGCUGGCCCUGACCAAGACUCCAACCACAAUGGACAUCAGCAGAGGAGCUGAGGCUGUGGUUCUGUCCACAAGUGAUUUGCCCACCAGCUCAGCUGUCCCACUCAUUCCCACAGAUAAAGUAUCCACCCAGACCACCAUGACCACUAUUGCACACACUGCAGCAGGGAGCUCCUACUCCAAGACAUUCACCCUCAACUUUACCAUCACCAACAUGUUUUAUACACCAGACAUGGGUGAAAGGGGCUCCAACACAUUUAAGGCUGCUGAGAAUGUCCUGCAAGUUCUGCUGAAGUUCUUAUUUGGAAUGAGCAACCUUGGCUCUCACUAUUCUGCAUGCAGUGUGAACUUGCUGAGGUCUCUGAAGAAUGGGACAGCAACAGGAGUGGGUGUCCUGUGUACUUUUCAGGAAGAUUCCUCCAACUCUGUCCUGAACAAAGAGAAGGUUUACUGGGAGCUAAAUGAACAGAUUCAAAGAAGAAGGCUAAAACAUGUGCUUAUAGAGAGGGACAGCCUCUUUGUGGAUGGGUAUCACCAUAAGCAACCAGGCAUCAUAUCCACAAAGAAGAGUGAGAUUGCUGUAGGACCCGUCACCCUUAUCCCAGACUAUGGAGCACCAGGAGAUAUGACAUCAGUGACUAGUGGCCUCCUGACCUAUGAAUCCACAGUAGGUGCCAUUGCAUCAGAGAGCUCCUACUUGAAGGUUUUCAACCUCAAAUUCACCAUCCUCAACCUGUUCUACACAACAGACAUGGGUCAAAGGGGCUCCAGCAAAUUCAACUCCAUUGAGGAUGUCCUGCAACCUCUGAUCAACAACUUGUUUAGAAAAAGCAGCUUUGGCCCUCACUAUUUUGGAUGCAGGCUGACUUUGUUAAGAUCUAUGAAGAAUAGGAUAGCAACAGGAGUGGAUGUCGAAUGUGCUUAUCAGGAAGAUUCCUCCACCCCUGUCCUGGACCGAGAGAAGAUUUACUGGGAGCUGAGUGAACAGACCCAUGGAAAAACAAGGCUGGGACCCUACAUUCUACAUAAGGAAAGCCUUUAUGUGGAUGGGUAUACCCAUCAGAUACCAACGACCACCACAAACACCUGGAGACCCAGUCUAGAGGCUUUCACCCUGAACUUCACCAUCACCAACCUGCUGUACACAGAAGACAUGGGGCAGAAGGAUUCCAUCAAAUUCAAGUCCACUGAAAAGAUUCUUCAGAACAUGCUUGGCCCUUUGUUUGAGAACAGCAGCCUUGGUUCCAGUUAUUCCAGGUGCAAACUGACUUUCCUAAGACCUCUGAAGAAUCUGACAGUGACUGAAAUAGGUGUCAUCUGCCUCUAUCAGAGUGAUUCCACUGGUCCCUUCCUGGAUAGAGAGAGGGUUUACUGGGAAUUCAGCAAUCAGACUGGGGGCAUCACUAGACUGGGGCCCUAUACACUCGACAGGGACAGUCUCUACCUCAAUGGUUAUAACCAUCACUUACAAUCUUCCACCUCUAGUAAGUAUUCAUCAACUUCAUGUCUCUAUCUAUCUUCCUGUGACCUGGAAGAAGAAACAAUUGAUACUCCUACCAAUCCUAUUUACUCUGUUUUUUUUUUGAAAGGGAAGGGAUAG